AUGGGUUGUCGUGCGAUUCAGAGUGGAGUGGUUGCAGCUGGACUGUCGUCUGAAUAUGCGAUCAACGUGCCUGAACUUCUCCUUCCUGCAUCAGCCCUUCAUGUCCCGUUCAUCGUUGCCGGAGCAGUCGGCUUUUGGCUGAUUCUUGGCGGCAGUUGCGAGCCAUUACUUCACCUUCAAUUCAAUUCUAUCUGGAAACCUAGAGGGUCGACAUAUACACAUUCAAGGCUCGACAUUUGUAAAUAUAGAGCAAUCCUUCCACAGUCUUGUUUCCGCUCCCCUUCUUCAUGCUUGUUUCAUGGGAAGUUGAUCACUGUUGAGGGAGCAGUAAAUGGUGAUGUAACAGAAGGAUUUAAGCUAAAAUGGCGUGAAGUUGGGCCCGACAUAACCGAGGCUCAAAAACAUGAAAUAUCUCAGCUUUCAUUGACACUGACGAAUCGUUGCAAAGCACUUCUGAGACGCAUCAUAUGUUUCUCUCAAGAGGAAGAUCUAUUCGUUUUGUUAGCUUCAUGGGUAAAGGCCAUGCAACCUAAAAGAUGUGAUUGGCUCUCCGUGUUGAAAGAAAUUAAGAGGAUAGAUACUUCUUUGUAUUUUGAGGCCAUAGAGUACGCCCUCCAUGAAGAAUCAUUCGAAGCUAAUGCUCGCGACUACACCAAGCUCAUCGACGCCUACGCGAAGCACUAUCGCUUCUCCGACGCGCAAUCGACAUUUGAAUCCAUGAAGGUCCGAGGGUUCCCCUGCGAUCAAGUCACCCUCACCGUCCUCAUCAACAUGUACGACAAAUCCGGCGAUCUCCGCCGCGCCGAGGAAGCCUUCCAGCACAUCAAGCUGCUGGAAUCCCCAAUCGACAAGCGAUCUUACGGAUCGAUGAUCAUGGCGUACAUUCGAGCGGGAAAACCGGAACUCGCGGAAGCCCUGCUGAAAGUCAUGGAGGCCGAACAGGUGGUUGCGGGGAGAGAGGUUUACAAGGCGGUGUUGCGGGCGUAUUCGAUGGCCGGAGACGAUGAGGGCGCGCAGAGGGUGUUCGAUGCGAUUCAGUUUGCGGGGAUCGUUCCGGACAGCAGGAUCUGUGCGCUGCUCGUGAAUGCUUAUUGCGUGGCGGGAAAGAUCAAAGGAGCUCGGAGCAGUAUAGAGAAUAUGAGAGCGGCGGGAUUGAAGCCGAAUGAUAAGUGCGUUGCGGUGAUGCUUAGGGCUUACAGAAAGGAGAAGAAGAUGGAGGAAGCUUUAGAUUUGUUGAUGGAAUUGGAGGGAGAUGGUGUGGUGAUGGAGAGUGAGGCAUCGGAGGUGUUGGCUCAGUGGCUUAGGGGGCUUGGUGUGAUUCAUGAACUAGGGCUUGCUCUUAGAUAGAUAGUUUGUAUAUAUAUAUAUAUAUGUAUGAAAAAUUAUUGCAGUAGGACAUUUGAUGUAAAUUUGCGUAGGUGUCCAAUUAAAAUUAGUCAGGUGUUAAGAUGAGUCAUAUGCAUUUAAAAAAUAAUCAAUCAGUAUGUUUCAGUGGAGUCCACAUUUUGAUGUGACCAAUUUUAAUUAUACACUUUGCGUCAAGUGUCUGAUGCAAUAAUUUCUCAUAUGUAAUGAGUUUUUUAUUUU